AUGAAGGCAUACUGGUACGACAACAUUGAGGGCGACCAACGCCUCCCCCACGACAGCGGCCGCCCCGUCACCCCCACCGACCUCUCCAAACUCGGCAUCAUCUGCCACAACUAUCCCUCUCUCGACUCUGUCAACGAACUCGCAUCCGCCCGCAACUACAAGAACCGCGACGAAGUCACCAUCUCCCCCACCACUCUGCCAAACUACGAAGAAAAAGUAAAGAUCUUCUUCCACGAGCACUUGCACGAAGACGAAGAGAUCAGAUACAUUCUGGAUGGCGCGGGUUACUUUGAUGUCAGAAGCGAGGGUGACGAUUGGAUUCGUUUGAGGCUGGAGAAGGGUGAUUUGGCCAUUAUGCCUGCGGGUAUUUACCACCGUUUCACUACUGAUGACAAGAAUUACACCAAGGCCAUGAGACUGUUCAAGGACGAGCCCAAGUGGACGCCGCUGCAGCGUGGUGCAGAGACCGACGAGAACACCUACAGAAAGGAGUACUUGAAGAGCCGCCAGGAGGGUACUAUACUCUCUGCUUAG